AUGAUAAGAGAUGCAAGCUCUUUUUUUAAUCGAAUAGAUUAAUCUUUAGAUUAUAUCAUAUCUCUACUUUCAAUUGGACUAGAAAUUUAUUUACAAUAACAUUUGGACAUAUUAUAAUAUUUUAGUUUGUUUUUAUUAGGCAUAGCAGGAAUAUCUAAAAUUAUACAAAAAAAGAAAGUGUUUGGAAUUUAGUAAGGUAUUAAUUUUGAUUUAUCAUUUAGAUUAUUCACCAAUUUUCUUUUGGUCUCUUGCGUUGGUUAGGAUUGUAUUUAUAAAAAAUAUCAAUAGAGAUCAGACAGCUUUUUGUUUGUAUAUUCUGGGUUUUAGCAAUGGAUUAUAUAUGAGUAUGACUCCUCGCAGGUUUAUAAACUAGGUAGCAGAAGUAGUAAAAGCCUUUGUAUAAAUUGGAUUUCUAAUUGGUGUUUUAAUUUAUUAUUUUUCGGAGUAAUUGGUUUCUAGUAUUUUACUAAUAGUCAUAAUGCUCUUUAUCCAAUACCAAAAUUAUCGUUAAAACAUUAAAAUAUUGGAGCUUAACAAAGAUGAAUUUUUUCUUUAGAGUAACGCCCACUUAAAUGGAUCUUUGAACAAGUUUUCUUGUAAAGUUUAAGAGCAUUCAAGAUCAAACAUAAAACUCCAAGAAGUUGGAUCGUUAAGUAGGCAGGAAGCAUCAAUACAUCUAAUACAGAAUUAAGUUGAUCUACAAGCUCCUACUUAGAAUAUUAUCUGGCAAAAUUUUAUAGAAUAGAGCGAAGAUUACAUCAGUAAAUUCUAUUUCAACGCGGAUGAUUUAGAAAGUAAUAUAAACCAAGCAUAAAAUAAUUACUCCAUGCAUAAAUUUCUACAGGAUAACAAAAGUCAAUUGAUCAAUCUAUUUAAAGACGUGAAAGUGAGUAACGAUUUAAAUGUUAAAUUAUAUGAAUCAAAUUUUUUGGAUAAAAAACAGGAGAGUCUUUUGGAAUGGAUUAAGGCUAAUGCUAAUUCUUUAAAGUUUUAAGAUGUAAAUUAACAAAGGAGAUUGGAGGAAAACUUAGUUGUUAGUUCACCAAUUGGUUAAUAAUCUGUUGUGAUGUUGGAUGCUUUUAUUGAGAAAUCCAUAUCUGGGUUGUCUGCAAUAUAAUUAAUUUAGGGUUCUCUUGAGGUAUCAAACUUGAGGAAUAGAAGAAUUUUAUAUGGAAAAUAUUAUGGGAAGAAAUAUAAUUACAAUUUUUACAUUUAAAUAAGUUUUUUUCUCGAAGUAUUUUUUAUAUUAAUUAAAGGAAGUAGAUGGUGUUUAACGUCAAGUGAUAGCUAUUCUCAUUAGGGACUUGGAAAAGUAAGUAAAACAGAUCAAAUCUAACUUGAAGAAUAUUUAAAAAAUAAACUCAACAAUUAAGUUUUUGUAAUAGCAAGCAGACUUAAUCUAGAGAUUACAUAGAAAGAUAGUUUUGUAACAGAAUGCUAUAAACGAAAUUUAGAGGAGCAAUUAAAACACUCAGUUGAUUAAAAGAACAAAUAGCGUAUGUUCAUAUAAAGAUAGUGGGGAUGACGCUUUGUCAGACUUUUCUGAGAAAGGAUAAAAGAAAUGUUAAAUUACUUAAUUCAUCAAUUAAUUGUAAUUUCAAUUUUUGAAGAUAAUUCAGAACAAUUUUAAUUAUUUUGAAGUGUUCUCUUUGAAUGAUGUUAUUGAGUUUGAAAAGAAGAAAGUCGAUAUAACUUAAACCAUUUCCCUGUUAAUUAAUUAGUUUCAAUAUGAUGAGAUAGUUAUUACAAAGAAAAUAAAUAUUUCCUUAAAAGAGGAUUUAUAAAAUAGAUAUAUAGUAUCAGACUUAAGGUAUAUUUAUAUAUAUAUACUUUAAUUAGACGAUUGAAAUAAUUAUUGUUUAAUAUUAUUUACAACUCAAUAAAAUCUUAUGAAUUCGAUUAUAAAAAUUCAAAAACUUAAAAAUCAGUUUAAAUAAUCCUUAUAAAUUACGAAGACAAUAUUCGUUUUGAGGUUAUAGAUUAUGGAUGUGGUUUGAAUGAGGAUAACAUCAACCCAAGAAGACUUGAUGAUUGUAAGCUAGGUUUAGCAGCAUCAUAAAAGUUGAUUAAAUUAUUGGGAGGUAAUGAUAAAUAAAUUACAAUUCUUCGUUCUUAAUCACUACACUAAACAAGAGUUUAAUUUGAAUUGCCAAAUAUUUUAUAUGUUGAUAAGGCGGAUAUAAUGGGAGAUGAUUUUGAUUUUGACACUGUCUAGCUAGUCUUCACUUCUUGA